CCUUCCUACUACAUCUUUUCUAUUCUUUGUCUCUGCACGGUCGAUCUGCUCCAUGAUGUUUCUGAACAUCUGGUGCAACCGCUUCUCCAUCCUGCGAAACUCCAUCAUGCUGGCCCACCAGCAAAAUCCAAAAAGCUAACAGUUCCGAGCCUACAUACCCGUCCCGUCUAUGCUACCAAGACCCCUCCUGACGAAGACAUUCGCCCUCGCCUACCGCAAGAUUCCCGUCUUGGCCAUCGGCCGCGAAAUAUACUGCGACACGUCGCUCAUCAUAGAGGCGCUGGAGCAUUUCUUCCCUGCCGCGGAGGGUUGGGGAACAGUGUAUCCGAAGUUCGACGGGCUGGAAGAAUGGGUGUAUAAGGGGCUGGUGCGGGGAUUUGCGAGUUUCUGGACAGAUGGACCACUCUUCCGCACCACCACCGGCCUGAUCCCGCCCUCCGUCUGGCGCUCCUCCUUCGGCACCGACCGCUCCCAGCUCAUCGGCCACACGCUCAACCCCGACAAACUCGGCGCCAAGAUCCCGCUCAACCUGUCAAACCUCGACCUGCACCUCUCCAUCCUAGAGCCCACCUUCAAAAACUCCCUCUGGGCCCUUCCCACCAAGCAGCCCAGCCUCGCCGAUAUCUCGCUGUACUACCAGCUCCGCUGGGGCCUGGAUAUCUCUGGCGGGAAGGGCAUCUACGAUCUGACUGCUGGCGGGGCGCAGGAUACGCAGGAGCAGGUCGCGGAUGUCGUGUUUAAUGCGGAGAGGUAUCCCGGUGUGUGGGCAUGGUUUCAGAGGUUGGAGGCGUGGCUUGCGGGGCUGAAAGAUCUGGAGGUCUGUGUGGAUGGGGCGACGCCGGGGUGGAAAGAGACGCUGCGGGAGACGGAGCUGUUGGCGGAGGACGACUUGCUGGUGCCGGUUGCCGUGGAGCAGCACCCGAGUCUAGAUGUGCAGCGGGGGCUUGUGCAAGGGGCACUGGUUAGCGUGGCGCCUGAGGAUACGGGGCGCGAUCAUCCGACGAUUGGGACGCUGGUGAAGAUAGGCGUUGAAGAGGUGGUCAUCAAGCCGAUUGUGGAGGGCGAGAUUGACGUGCGGAUCCACUUUCCGAGACUGGGGUUCGUGGUCAAGGUCGCGGAGGGGAGCAGGCUGUAAUGUGAGACACUCAUUUCUUCCUCUCAGCUUGGUAGAUUUCGCUCCUCGUCUACGCAUCAGGCGGCGUCCCUAAUUCAUUAACAUACAUGCCACUCCGCUCCACCUCCCACACCCACUGCUUCCACGGCUUAAACGCUAUCCACGCAUUCAUAUUCCUGCAAUCCCUCCGCUCCUGCUCCGACAAAUACUGCACUCCGCCCCCGACAGCUCCAGUCAGCAGAAGCGCGUUCGUCUGCACACGCGCAUUGCUGGUGGCGUAGUA